CUGUCGAAGUUGGCGGUGCAUUUCCGUGGGUUCAGCGCUCGCUCCCGCCCCCGCCGGUUUUCGGGUCUGCGCACAAGAGCCUUUAUUAUGCUACGCCUGCGCCCUGGCUGCGCUUUCCGACUCUCUCCAGUAAAAAAUUUUUUUCUUUCCAAAUAUAGAGACAGAAAAGAGUAAAAUUACUAAGUGGACGCCAUUCUCCACCCUGCUACCCCCAAAGGCACAUAUGAACAGUAGUUUCCGUGUUGAACUUCUCGGGUAGAAAAAGGCGCUUCAGAAAGAGGGAAGAAAGGAAACCUAGCCUUUCACUUCCCCGGCGCCUAGUAACGGUUUCCACGGCAACCGCAUUGUCAACAACGCUAAGAAACUCCAAGGGGAAUAGAAAGGGUAUUUUCUUCACAAGAGAGGACAGUUAAGAGGGGGCCAAAGGGGAAUUGUGUGAAAGAGAGAAGCCCUGGUUUCUUAAGAAGGCGAGGGAGUAGUAAAUGAAAGGGAAGGAGUGAAGGAAGGGACGGAGAUACUAGUAUAGUGAAAAAAAAAAAGUUGCUAGUUUUUAAGGGAUCAUUUGGUGGCCAUGGAUCCAACGUGCUCUUCUGAGAGCAUUUAUAACCUCAUACCCAGCGGCGCAAAGGAGCCUCUCCAGCCUCCUAGGUACACAUCAAUUUUUAAGACAACUGUGAGAGAAGACAUUGAAAAAACUAAAACUGCAAUGAAAACUAUGGGACCAGCAAAAGUUGAAGUACCUUCUCCGAAGGAUUUCCUAAAGAAACACUCAAAGGAAAAAACUCUACCACCCAAAAAAAAGUUUGAAUGGAAUGAGCCCAGAAAGCCUCCUGUGCCACUGAGGAGUGAACAUCCUGUCAUGGGAAUACAAAGUGGAAAAAAUUUUAUAAAUACAAAUGCAGCUGAUGUCAUUAUGGGAGUGGCUAAAAAGCCUAAACCAAUUUAUGUUGACAAGAGAACUGGAGACAAGCAUGAUCUUGAAUCUUCAGGACUCGUUCCAAAGUUCAUCAAUAAAAAGGAUUAUGGUGUCACACCUGAAUAUAUAUGUAAGCGAAAUGAGGAAAUAAAGAAAGCCCAAGAAGAAUAUGAUAAUUAUGUCCAGGAAAACCUUAGAAAGGCAUCUAUGAAAAAGCUGUCUGAUGAAGAAAGGGAGGCGGUUCUGCAGGGGCUGAAAAAGAAUUGGGAAGAGGUGCAUAAAGAGUUUCAGUCCCUCUCGGUGUUCAUAGAUUCCAUACCGAAGAAGAUUCGCAAGCAGAAGUUAGAAGAAGAAAUGAAGCAACUGGAACAUGACAUUGGUGUAAUUGAAAAGCAUAAAAUUAUUUAUAUUGCUAAUAAGUAAUAAUAGAUUGUUAAAGUAUAGUAAUUUUAAUAUAGAAAAAACAUCAAAAACAUAAAAAUGGAACUAAAAUUUUUUAAA